ACAUUUUCCCUAGAAAAUCCACUUGUAUGGCCAAUGUGGAUUUUCGUUGUAAGCCACUUGGCAAGGGUUUAUAGUCUUGUGUGGCCACCUCAGGGCUCAGUGACUGCGUGGCGCUUCAGUAGUUUUGUAAAUUGCGUAAAUCUCGUAAAGUCGCGACUCGCAAUCUUGGAUUGGAGUUCUUUUUCGACUGGAGCCGUAUGCUUCGCUCCACCAGGUACAAGCAUAUAGCAGAAUAGCACGUUUUCGAGUUCGUGCGUCUGUCUGUCUUUGUCCGUCUCUGUACUUGUGUGUGAGUGAGAGCAGAAGAACAAGAGAUCGAUGGGGAGCGAAAACGAGCCCGCGAAGCUCCUCCUUCCAUACCUUCAGAGGGCGGACGAGUUGCAGAAACAUGAGCCCCUCGUUGCUUAUUACUGUCGAUUGUACGCGAUGGAACGAGGAUUGAAGAUCCCUCAGAAGGAGCGCACUAAAACUACUAAUGCUCUUCUUGUUUCGCUAAUGAAUCAGCUGGAAAAGGAUAAGAAGUCAUUGCAGUUGGGCCCCGAAGACAAUUUGUAUGUAGAGGGAUUUGCAUCGAAUGUUUUUGCAAAGGCAGAUAAGCAAGACCGAGCUGGACGAGCUGACCUGAGUACUGCAAAAACUUUCUAUGCCGCAAGCAUCUUCUUUGAGAUUCUUAACCAGUUUGGUGAAAUCCAGCCUGAUAUUGAACAGAAACAGAAGUAUGCUGCCUGGAAAGCAGCAGACAUAAGGAGAGCUUUGAAAGAAGGACGGAAGCCUGAACCAGGACCACCUGGUGAUGAUAAAGAUCUAUCAAUCCCAUCAAGUACACCUACCGCUGCAUAUGAUCUUGGACCAAGUGAAACCAAUUCAAUAAACCAACCAGGACCAGGAGCUGAUGCUUCACCUCAGUUCCAUGAUAAUGUCAAGCACCCAACUUCUACAAACAUUGUGACAUCACCUCCUUCAUACCCAAAUGCUGAUUACCCUUACAACGAUUUCCAUCCACCCCCCCUUAGCAGACAAGAAAGUUCUGCUUACACUCAGGCAUACCAUCAACCCUACCCACAUGAAUCUCAACAAUCAUUGCCAAGCAAUUAUCCUUCACAUGAAACAUCCUCUCAGCCCUACUCGCAUGAAACAUCUUCUCACCCCUAUUCGCAUGAAACAUCCUCUCAGCCUUACUCACAUGAAACAUCCUCUCAGCCCUACUCGUAUCCCAAUUUCCAGUCUUAUCCUAGUUUCACUGAGAGCAGCCUUCCAAGUGAUCCCAAUUUCCAGUCUUAUCCUAGUUUCACUGAAAGCAGCCUUCCAAGUGCUCCAUCACACUAUCCCUCUUACCACCAAGGUUCUGAUACUUCCUACUCUCAUCAGGCAGUUCCACCAGUUUCAGGCUACCAAUCGGCAGCUCAGUACACUCCUAGUAGCGGGAAUGAGAGCAAACAUGCAGAACCUGCCCCAACUGCCCAGACUUUCCAUUACGACAGCAACUACCAGCCUCCACCUGAGAAGGUUGCUGAGGCACACAAGGCUGCAAGGUUUGCCGUGGGGGCUUUGGCAUUUGAUGAUGUGCCAGUUGCAGUGGAGUUUCUCCGAAAGUCUCUUGAAUUGUUGACAAAUCCAUCUGCAAAUCAGUAGUUCUAUUGUCUAUCCCUAAACUUGCAGAAAUGGGGUCUGUCACUGAUGUGUGCGGUUUUGUAUUGUAUGUGUGAUUACUAGAAAAAUGCUGAGUUCUAUCAUCUUAAUACUCCAACAUACAUGUCAUUUGUAAAUUGUAACAGUAAUGUUUUGAGCAUUGCGGCAAGCUUGGUAUAAAUGCUGAGGCAUGCAGUUGGAUAGGUA